CGCAGCGGCACACAAGAUGGUGACGAUGCAGGGCGGAGUCUUUGGCGCCAUCGCCUCCUCGGACGCGGUGCUCCAGGUGCUCGACGCGAUGCCGCGGGCUCGAGACAGUGCGCCCGCCGCCGCGCCGCCGCCCGUGGUGCUCCUGCCGCCACCGCCGCCGCGCGCCAUUUCCGGGAUGGAGGCCGCGGGCCUCGGCUUGCUCGCCUUCGCUGCCGGGGCGGCGCUGGGUGCUCGCCUGCGCUGAGCCGUGCAUCUCCAUGCCGCUUCCCGCCUCCGCCGGCCUCGAUGUACAGUUUACGUACGUACGGUAGCUUUACGGAUUACGCUAUACCCUUUCCCGGUCGCCGCGAUGCACCGGCCACAGCAGCCGCGAAAUAGACUAUAGAGAAGGAGAACGAGAGCGAGGCCGCAGACGCGGGGUGUCACGAUGUUUGCGUACCAUUCUCUCUCUCUUUGUAACCAU